CUGCUGAGGCCGAAGGUCCAUGGCAACCCUGAGGCUCCUCUCUGUGCCUCUUCUGGACAUGAGAAGCAGCUGGAGAUCAGGGCCUCCCCCUGGACCAACUCAAUCAGCCUCAGGUCUAGGGACUUGGCGGCCGGCAGCUCAGAGCUCCCUGGGUGCUUCCAAUCUGCACCUAGAGUUAAGAUCCAUUGAUUUUGGUCAGAGACCAACCCUGGGAGGAAGGGUCAAAUGCCCCAGAACACCUGCUGCCUUCUGAGGGCAUUUAAGGCCGGUCAGGGGGCUGGAGGCUGUGGCUCUCUUCCAGGUGAAUUACUGCUUCCCGUCAAUAUGCCGACUUUAGACGCUCCAGAAGGGAGGCUGAGAAAAUUCAAGUACCGGGGCAAAGAUGCGUCUAUCCGGCGGCACCAGCGCAUGGCAGUCAGCCUGGAACUCCGCAAGGCCAAGAAAGAUGAGCAGGCCUUAAAGAGAAGAAAUAUCACCAUUUUCUCCCCUGAACCAGCUUCUGGAGAGCUAACCAAAGGGGUCAGCCUCACCCUGCAAGAAAUCAUCAGUGGCGUGAAUGCCUCAGAUCCAGACCUGUGUUUCCAGGCCACCCAGGCAGCCAGGAAAAUGCUGUCCCAAGAAAAGAACCCUCCUCUAAAAUUGAUUGUUGAAGCAGGCCUCAUCCCCAGGCUGGUGGAGUUCCUGAAGUUGUCACCUCACCCCUGCUUGCAGUUUGAGGCAGCCUGGGCUCUGACCAACAUCGCUUCUGGGACUUCAGAGCAGACUCAAGCUGUUGUGGAAGGUGGGGCCAUCCCACCUUUGGUUGAGCUCCUGUCUUCCCCCCACAUGACUGUGUGCGAACAGGCGGUGUGGGCUCUUGGUAAUAUCGCAGGUGAUGGCCCAGAAUUCAGAGAUCUCGUUAUCUCGAGCAAUGCUAUUCCAUAUCUGCUGGCCCUCGUUUCAUCAACCAUACCAAUCACGUUUCUACGGAACAUCACGUGGACCUUGUCCAACUUGUGCCGAAACAAGAACCCUUACCCUUCCGUGAAAGCCGUGAAGCAGAUGUUGCCUGUCCUGUCCCACCUCCUGCAGCACCAAGACAGCGAAAUUCUCUCGGACACCUGCUGGGCCCUGUCCUACCUCACUGAUGGCUCCAACGAGCGCAUCAGCCAAGUGGUCAACACGGGGGUCCUACCCAGGCUGGUUCAGCUCAUGAGUAGCUCGGAGCUCAAUGUCUUGACCCCUUCCCUCCGCACCAUGGGGAACAUCGUCACGGGAACAGAUCAGCAGACCCAGGUGGCCAUCGACGCGGGCAUGCUGAACGUGCUGCCCCAGCUCCUGAUGCACCCCAAGUCCUUCAUCCAGAAGGAGGCAGCUUGGGCCUUGAGCAACGUGGCUGCAGGGCCUUGCCAACACAUCCAGCGGCUGAUUGGUUGCGGCAUGCUGCCUCCCUUGGUGGCUCUACUAAAAAAUGGAGAAUUUAAAGUCCAGAAAGAGGCUGUUUGGACCGUAGCUAACUUCACAACUGGAGGCACCCUAGACCAGUUGCUCCAGCUUGUCCACUCUGGCGUCCUGGAACCACUGGUGAAUCUGCUUACCAUCCAAGACACCAAAAUUGUUAAAAUCAUCCUUGAUGUUCUCUCUUUUAUCCUCCAGGCAGCAGAGCAGCUUUCAGAGAAGGAAAACCUGUGUCUUCUGAUUGAAGAAAUGGGAGGCAUUGAUAAAAUUGAGGCUUUGCAAUUUCACGAGAACCCGCAGGUUGCCCUGACGGCUUUGAACAUUAUCGAGAACCAUUUUUCUGAGGUUAACAAAGAGAGGAGUUUGUUUGCUGGAGAAAGCCUAACGAGCUCUUAGUUCCACCCUGCAACUCUGGGAAGAGGGGAAAUGUUAAUUUUUAGUUCAACUGUGCAAGUCUGGGAGGGGUAAAUGUAAGCAGAAGGCCAUAAAGCUGCCUUUUUUGUUGGUUUGCAUUGUAUGCAGAUUGGAUAAUAACAAACAUCUACCUCUCUCUCUGUACCAUCUUGUUUACCUUGUCCAUUUAUGGCACUUCCAGCCAUUCUGGAAACCGUCACGGGUCAAUAGACCGCACUAGUUGCACAGAAUAAACCUAGGGGACUUUGUGUCUUUGAGAUGUCUCCAUUGAAAUUGCA